AAGCCGUAUCUUAUCAUUCUUGCCUUUUCGAUAGCGAUUGAAAUUGGCGUACUGACGCGGUUCUGCAGGAUGGUGCAUGGUUCUUCAGGACAGAAUCACCAUGUCCUGGAUUCAGGUGAACAAGAAGCUUCCAUCUACCUCACGUGUUAAACAAAAAGCCAAGUCAACGCUGCACUUUGCUCUCUGGAAGAAAACAUUCCUGCACAUGUGAAAGAUGGCAGCUCCGCUUCCCAGUUUGGUAGACGAUAAUCCCAGAUACAUGAAAUCAUUCCAGGUUUUUUUGGAUAGUUCAUCGGAACACCAGAGCAUUAAGGCAUUUAUCAAUGGACCUCUCGCGGAAAUAUUGGCCAGUAUCGUAAAAGGGAAAACUGCCCUCAACGUGAUGGGGGUGGGAAGUGGUUCAGGUGAGAUCGACUUGGAGAUCCUUCGCCAGCUCCAGUUACAGCACCCAGGAGCAAAAGUGGAUAAUGAGGUGGUGGAACCCAGCAGUGAUAUGCUUCAGAAAUAUAAGGAUUUAGUGGCGAAGACUCCAGACCUUGAUCACGUUACCUUCACAUGGAACAACAUGAAAACGUCUGAGUUGGAGAAGGACUGGAAAGAAAGGAACCCUGAGAAGAAGAUGGAUUUCAUCCACAUGAUACAGGCGUUGUACUAUGUGGAGGACACAGAAGCUGCGAUCUUGUUCUUCCAGAGCUUGUUGGAGAAGAACGGCAAACUCCUCCUCAUUCUGGUCUCAGGAGAAGGUAGUUGGGCAAAACUGUGGAAGACUUACGGGCUCCAGUUUGGCAAAACCGACAUAAGCCAGAGUGUCACGAUGGGAGACAUCAGGAGCUUGCUGGACUCCAGAAGGAUCCCCUACCAGAAACAUGAGCUGCCAUCCAAAAUGGACAUCACCAGCUGUUUCACUUCUGGUGAUGAGAAAGGAGAGUUGCUGCUGGACUUCCUGACUGAAGUGCCGGACUUCAGUAAGAACGCCUCCCCAGAACUGAGGGCAGGAGUGCUGGACCUGCUCAGAGGCCCAGACUGCACCCAGGAGGUGGACGGCAGAAUCAUAUUCAACAAUAACCUAGAAGCCCUACUGCUUGGUCCAUAGCCCAGAGAAUUCAAUUUACUCAGCAGAGAGACUUAAAGGUGCACCUAGUGAGAUAGUUUUUUAGGUAAUUUCAUCAGUUCACCUAAAUCUGUUGCUAGCUUGACAUCGGUAAUUAUCAGAUGUUUGUCAGUAUGGCUUCAGUGUCUUUGGCAUUAUGAGUUCUUAAAUAUGAUUGUCAAUAAAAUCAUAAAACUAUUUCUUUGUAUUUCACAAACAUUGCAAAUUCAGUGCAUAUUCAUUACUGGCAGACAGGGACAGUUUUGCAAAUGUCAGCAGUUUCUCAGGGUGCCCAGUCAAUAAGUUCCCAUGAGCCAUAGGACCAAUACAAAUGAGAUUUAUGUGUUGAUGUUAAAUAGUGCAUGCUUAAAUGUAUAUGAAUGUAUUUUAAAACAUGCCUGCUAUCUGCUAUUGUA